AUGAAGAACAUUUCCUUCUUCUCCCUGCUUCUCUUUUGCCUGGCUGCACUGCAGCUGCACGCCGAUGCAUCCCAGCAGGAGGAUGCGCUGAGGGCCUUCAUCUCGUCCAGGAAGAAGGGCGAGAUCAGUUCCGGCACUUUCAAAGCGCGUAACAUAGGUGACAGGGUCACCAACAGCCUGGCUGCAAAGAAUAGCUCUGCAGUCUCGCACAAGGCGGGCGACAAGAUCCGGGCGUUGCCGGGCCAGCCGCAGGGCGUCGACUUCGACCAGUACGGCGGCUACGUGACCGUCGACCAGAAGAACGGCCGCGCGCUCUUCUACUACUUCGUCGAAGCACCUUCGGGCGCUGCCGAAAAGCCCCUCGUCCUGUGGCUCAACGGAGGUCCAGGAUGCUCCUCACUCGGCUACGGAGCAAUGCAAGAACUCGGCCCGUUCCGCGUAUCCCAGGACAACAAAACGCUCACCAAGAACCUGAACGCAUGGAACACCAUGGCUAACGUCCUCUUCCUGGAGUCGCCCGCCGGUGUUGGGUACUCCUACUCCAACACGUCCUCCGACUACGAGCUCAGCGGAGACCAGAGAACGGCUGACGAUGCGUAUAUUUUUCUGUUGAAUUGGCUGGAGAGGUUCCCCGAAUACAAGGACCGCGCAUUCUACAUCUCCGGGGAGAGCUUCGCCGGCCACUACGUGCCAGAGCUCGCCGCCACCAUCCUGCUCCACAACACCUACAACAACAGAACCAUCGUCAAUCUCAAGGGCGUCCUGGUUGGAAAUCCGUAUCUUGACGACAACAUAAAUAUUAAGGGCAGAGUAGACUUCUUCUGGACCCAUGGUGUGAUGUCAGACGAGGUCUACAGUAACGUCACCAAGCACUGCAACUUCGACAGCGCGGUGGAGACACCCUCUUUAGAGGCGGCAUGCAACGGUGCAUUGGAUGUGUUCCAUGAAGGCGACAUCGAUGCCUACAACAUAUACGCUCCGGUUUGCCUUGAAGGGCCUAGUGGAAAGUAUUACCCAAGUGCCAAUCUUCCUGGGUAUGAUCCAUGCAGUGAGUUUCCUACCAACGCCUACCUCAAUGAUCCGGCAGUGCAGAACGCUUUCCACGCUAGACAGACAAAGUGGCAAGGCUGCUCGAACUUGAACUGGAAAGAUGCCCCGAUGUCCAUGCUCCCAACCAUCAAGUUUUUAAUCGAGAGCAAGCUUCCCGUUUGGAUAUUCAGUGGCGAUUUCGAUUCCGUGUGCCCGCUUCCGGCGACAAAACACACUGUCCUAGACCUUGCCCUCCCUGUCAUGACUCCAUGGCGCCCAUGGACAGCAAAGGAGGAGGUGGGAGGAUAUGUUCAGGAGUACGCCGGUGGAUUCACAUUUCUUACUGUGCGCGGAGCUGGCCAUAUGGUUCCAUCCUUCCAGCCUGAGAGAGCCUUGAUAGUGUUGAGCUCUUUCCUGAAUGGGGUGGCACCACCUUAG